UCAGAUUCUAAUGACAAAGCAUUCAGUCAUUCUUCUCUCAGAUUCUUUGAAAAUAGAGACAAAAACCGAAAUUCCUCUCUUUCGCCCUGACCCUCUGCGCAGAACGUAGAUGGUCUUAUUAUAUUCUGCGCACACAGCUGGCCUGGUAUCCCCAUCUAUUGCCUCCCCUUCCCCUUCUUCCCCAUCACGUUUUCCCAUUGCAUAGCGUUGGCUAGACAUUUUGUUUAUGUCGAAAAUAUAUAAUAAGUAUUGAUCUUUAAAAAUUUCAUCGGUACAGAAUUAAUAAUUGAAAAUAAUGAUAUAAUUGAUUACUGGAUCUGUCAAUAAAUUGGGAUAUUUUUUCUUAACGGUCGGUAAAAGGUAACGUAAACAAAUAUGUCGUCUUCAUCGACUAAAGAUGACAACAAAACUCUGUCUGAGUCUACCAAAAUAGUAGAUCAGAAAAUGAGAGAUAUCAAAAGGUACCGUCGCUAUUGUGGAAAUGUGUUUCAAGCUUCGUGUUUGCUUAUAACGGUAUAUUUGUUCGUGUACUUUGCAGAGAUGCUGAUUAAGUACUUCUUUAUAGAAGAAUACAGAUAUCCAUACUCAUAUCCUUUUUUGAUUAUCGUAGUGUACACAGCACUACUUCUACAAUAUGCUCUUAGUUUCGUACGACCGGAGAAGUACCACGCAUUCAGAGCUUUAGCAGAACGCUUUGAUUUUCGUUCUAAUAAUAUUCCAUGGAUGCUUAUAGUGAAGACCCAUAUCAGAAUGUGGACUCUUUCUUGCAUGAGCUUCAUUAUUUACAAAAUGGAGGAACACUAUGGAGUAAAAAAUGGUCUUGCUAGAAACGUUAGCUUUGCUGUCACAUCUCACUGGCUUUUUGGAUAUGUGAAUUAUUUGAUGAAUGGGCAAAAAAAGCAAUACAGUCCAUCAGGUAUCUUCAAGUGGGUGUCUGUAAUGCCUUUAUUUUUUCUGGAAGCUUACAUAAUAUAUUUGUUUUGUUCAAGUGAAGAACAACUUAAAAUUGCUUUAAGGAAAAAAUGGGGUUUGUAUGCUUUCAGCGGCCUGCUAUUUGUCAUGAUUUUCAUCGAAGAUUUGAUGCCUCCCUUGAAAACUACCAGUAGCUCUGAACAAAAUGGUAAACCUAGUACCAGUAUUCCUGAACAAAAUGACCUUGGUCCACAACCGUGCAACCAAUCGAAGCAAAAUGAAAACGUGAGUAAAUCUGACACAAGUAAAACUGAACAAAAUGGUGCCGAUCCCCAGUUGUGUAGCCAAAUGGUGAAAAGUGAAAAUAUGAGUAAACCUGGAGCCAGUAAAGCUAAACCUGGUGCCAGUAACGUUCAAGCUGGAGCCAGUAAAGCUAAACCUGGAGCCAGUAAAGUUAUACCUGGAGCCAGUAAAGCUGAACCUAAAGAGAAGAGUUUACUUCUGGAGAACGAUAAUGAGAAAAUAUUGGUAUGUCAACUUGCAGAAAAAAAUCACAUGUGUGAAGUUUUUAUGGCAAUAUUUUUCAUUACUUUGAGCUCCGUUUUGCCUUUCCCUGCAUGUAAAGAGAGGUUAGAAUCGAGUUUGUGGAUGUAUACUACUUUUUCACCAGUAUUAACAAUCACUCUCUGGUACAUAGCUUUAAAGAAAGCCUUGAACCAUGUAGUCGAUGUACAACCUGAUCUCUUCAUGCAGCUUUCAUGUGUCACUUAUUUACAUUUAGCUCGAGAUGAAUUUAUCGAUACAUAUGACCUUCCUAUCCUUGUGACAACUGCUAUUUUAUUUUUCCUCUUUCUAAUAUGGGUUAUCUACAGAAUUUAUGCAAGUCUUAAGCAAUGCAUUACAGAUAUGAAGGAAAAAUUAUCAGACAUAAAGACUGAAAAAUCGAAUAUUGAAAAAGGAGGCAAAGCAAAUCAGGAAAAUGAUAAAUCUGCUUCAGCUGUGGACCGCAGUAAAACUGCUCAAGAAGAUCUUUGCGUAAGUACGAGAACCAAGAUCCGUAUAGUUAAAGCUAAGCCACAACAAGAAAGUAGGAUAAUUAUUGAAUCUAGUGAAAGUAAUGUCCUUAAAAAAGAUAGUCCCAAACGCAGUACUGCCAAGCCAAAAACGUGCCAAAAUGACGGUGGAUUGAUAAUGGCUAUUGACCACGUUGUUGAUCCAAGCGUUAAAGAUACAGUUUGUAAACCAGAUUGCGAAAUUUCAGUUGAUGAAUACGUACCAACGGAGCGUGAUAAUUUACUAAAUGAAAAUCUGAAAAGUAAUGACAACGAAGAAGAAAAUUGCUUUGUUAUUAUAGAGGAUUUCGAUUGUUCUUCAGGUGGUAAGGUAAAUGGUAAAGAAUGUUAAGUUUGCGGUUCUUAGAGAAAACAUUUGCUUGUAGUUAUUCAUGUUUUAAAACAUAAAUUUUGGAUUUUAAUACUUCAAACAAAGAAAAAGAUUGUUAUCUUACAAAGUCAGUAAUAAAUCAAAUUCAAUUGCUUCAAUUCAAAUUGAAUUCGCCAAAUUGGUGGCCAAACGACUAUAUUUUUAUAAUAAAGCAUAAUACCUUUGUUAAUUUUGAUGAAAUAAAAAAAAAUCAUUAAUGUACGCUUCCACCAAACAUUUAAUUUCAAUAGCAUUGAUGCAAGGUCAAUAAACUUUUGAGAUAAAUAAUGAGAUAAAAUGUAUUUUGCAGUAUUAUUCAACUUUUACAGUAAAUUAUAAGGAAAAUUCGAUCAAAUUUUGGUAUAUGGCCAUUAUAGCUUUCUUCUGAUACGCUAUGGCCGGUUUUCUGUAAUAUCUCAUCCAAUUUUGAAGCAACCCACUUGGUUUGACGAGAUGAUACAGGGGUUAGUGCAUUAGCUUGUUAAAAUAUUUCCCCCGCUUCUAAUUCUGACGAUAACCUGAUGUUACUUAACUCAUUACUACUAUAAAUGUUUGUGUUAAAUAUAGAUGUCCCAUGUGAAAUUUAUGUAAUUACGGGAUUUAAGUUAUACGAAGUAUAUUAUGAAUACUAUUUUCAAAAUCAAACUUUCCAUUAUAUUGAUCCAUCUUUUUGAUCUGGUGCAUUUAUGAAAAUUAAUGCUUUAAUUGAGACUGAUCAUCUAUGUCAUGUAUCCAUGUGAAUAUCCCAUGUGAUUGAUAUCCCAUGUGAAAUUUAUGUGAUUACGGGAUUCAAGUAAUACAAAGUAUGUUAUGAAUACUAUUUUCAAAAUCAAACUUUUCAUUAUAUCAAUGCAUCUUUUUGAUCUGGUGCAUUUAUGAAAAUUAAUGUUUUAAUUGAGACUAAUCAUCUGUGUCAUUUAAACUACUUAGUUUGUUAAUAUGUUUUUGUUUGUCAAUGGUGUUUGUAUUUGUUUGUGAAUAAAAAACUAAAUCAUUA